AUGGGAAGUUCUGCAGAGUUCGAGGAUAAUGUGAAUGAGAGUGGGGGAUUUGCUCAAUGGGAUUUCGCGUGGAACUUGUGGUUAAUCAAAAUCCAAUCCGUCAGACAGCACAUCCCAGAUGCCAGUUGUAAUAAUAUGAUUCUCAAUAAACAAGGUGGUUCAGAUGCCAAUUGGACGGGUGAUAUCCACGUACUGACCAAGGACGACUGGGUUCUCACAGAUAUAGAACUCCUUCAGGCGGUAAUCACACCGGCGAUGCGCAUUGCACUCAAAUUGUACCAGGACAAUUUCCUCUGGGCUUCCGAAAUGACUCACGCCGGGUUGCAUUCGAAAAUCAUCUACACAGAAAAAAACUUUGUCAUUUGUCACGAGACCGAUCCGCAGUGGCGUUUUGCCGUGUUAAACGAUGCUCACAAUCUGUUCUCCAUCCGAUUGAUGGGUAUAGAUACGGAUAAUGUGUACCGAUUCGUUCAACUGACCAAAGGCAAACUGAAUUUUUCCGCCGUCAAACUCAAACAUCAGUUGAAGGACUCAGUGCACACUGGACGGCAAUCAAGGAAGCGAUCCAAAUGUCAGUCAGAACAACGACGGAUUCUGGCGCACGAUCAUAACGAAAUUGGUGACAAGGGAAUUGAGUUGGUCCCACAAAAUGCUCGACUGCAUUCGAAUUCUCCGGUCGAUUAUGCACGUGGAGAUACAGCGAUUGGAUUGUGUAGACCAGAUGCCGGUGAUUCGCACGAUCUCGCACUCGAGCCGUGGCCUUCGUUUUCUGAAUCAUUUGAAUCCAAUCUUCAGGCCAAAAAGAUGCGUUCUAGUGGUUCUGCACAGUUCACCACGUUGGCUGCCUUGGUUCAUCAGCAAUACGAAUCGGAUGUCACUGAGUCGACCGGAAUCGGACAGAACCAGGUCGAUGUUUCGCGACCCACGCGUGUCAAGGUGAGCGAUUUCGUUAAAUACAACACAAAUUCCACUUGA